ACUCUUUUCGGUCGAAUUUGUGUUGGCGGGCUACUUAGUUCUCAGCCUAAUCCUUUUGACGAUGGCUCGGGCUGAUAUUGGCAUGAUUGGUCUGGCAGUAAUGGGUCAGAAUCUGGUCCUUAACAUGAACGACCAUGGAUUUACGGUCUCAGUCUAUAAUCGAACUGUUUCCAAAGUUAAAGAAUUUAUUGAAAAUGAAGCUAAGGGAACAAAUAUCAUUGGAACAAUGUCAUUAGAAGAGUUUGUGCAAAGUUUAAAGCGUCCGAGGAAAGCCAUGCUUCUGGUUAAAGCUGGUCAAGCAGUUGAUGACUUUAUUUCGAAACUAGUACCUUUACUUGAGAAAGGUGACAUCAUAAUCGAUGGAGGGAAUUCUGAGUAUAUGGAUACUGACAGACGUUGUUCUGAGUUAGCUAAGCAGGGGAUCCUUUAUGUUGGCACGGGUGUAAGUGGUGGAGAAGAGGGUGCUAGACAUGGACCAAGUCUUAUGCCUGGCGGUAACCCUGAAGCUUGGCCUCACAUCAAACCAAUAUUUCAGGCAAUCGCAGCUAAAGCCAAGUCUGGCGAACCUUGCUGUGACUGGACAGGACCUGCUGGUUCUGGACAUUAUGUAAAAAUGGUCCAUAAUGGGAUUGAAUAUGCUGACAUGCAGUUGAUAGCAGAAGCAUACCAUUUGUUACGGUAUUUGGGCCAUUUUCAAAAUGAUGGAAUAGCACAAGUUUUCAAAGAAUGGAACGAAGGUCCUCUGGAAUCCUACCUCAUUGAAAUAACUAGUCAUAUAUUUAAUUACCGGAAUCCUGACGGUUCAUACCUUAUUGAUCAGAUACUGGAUGCUGCGGGACAAAAGGGUACUGGUAAAUGGACUGCAAUUUGUGGACUUGAUCAUGGUGUUCCUGUGACGCUGAUCGCUGAGGCUGUAUUUUCCCGUCAAUUAUCAUCAAUGAGAACACUUCGUUCGGAAGCAUGUCGUGUGUUAAAUACAACACCUGACAAACCAUUUUGUUGUUCUAGCCCGGAAAUUGCAAAGAAACUUAUUGAUGACAUUUGGAAAGCACUGUAUGCAUCAAAAAUAGUUUCUUAUGCCCAAGGAUUUAUGCUGUUGCAACAGGCAUAUCAAGCCUUUGGUUGGAAACUGGAUCUUGGUGCGAUAGCUCUUAUGUGGCGUGGUGGGUGCAUCAUACGCAGCAAAUUCCUUGGAAAUAUAAAAGAAGCUUAUGAUAAAAAUCCAAAUCUGAGUAAUUUACUUCUAGAUCCAUUCUUUAAAAAAGUUAUUGAUCAAUGUGAAGAUGGAUGGCGUAGAGUGGUUUCUCAUGGAGCUUUAAACGCGAUUCCUACACCUGUAUUCAGCUCUGCAUUAUCAUUUUAUGAUGGAAUAAAAUGUCCACAUUUACCUUCUAAUUUAAUACAAGUAAGAUUCGAAUCCUGUUUGACUUUUUUUAUAUCGUCCAUCAAAUAUGAAUUUACCCUCUGUAACAACUUACUUACGCCUAUGACGCCUCAUGGAGGAGCAUAGGCCGUUCACCAGUAUUCUCCAUUCCACUCUUUCAUGGACAACCCUUUCCGGUUGCUAUUCAUCCUUUUCGUGUCUGUUUCCAAUUCCUAAGGCAUUAUGUUACUUAACCUUUCUCCUUUCCGUUUUCCUUCAGGAUUCCAAGUUAGUGUUUGCCUCGUGAUGUAGUUCAAUGAUUUCCGCAAUGUGUAUCCCAACCACUUCCAAUGUCUUUUCCUAAUUUCCUCAGCUGGUUUGUUCUCUCCCACAGUAAGCUAUUACUGAUGGCAUGUGACCAAUAUGUAGUGCAGUGUAGUCCGUUGUAUGAAUUCCGGAUGAUGUUGACGAGAUAUGCCAUAGUGUCGGAGAAGGUUUCAUAACGUUCUCCUAUCCACACUGUCAAAUGCUUUCUUAUAUUCAAGGAACUUGAUGUAUGGUGACGAAUCCCAUUCAAUUGGUUGUUCAAUCAUGAUCCGUAGUAUCGAGAUUUCAUCUGUGCACGAUCGAUACUUGCGGAAUCCAACCUAUUGAUAUCGAUGCUGGACGUCUACAGAAUCUUUUAUCCGGUUCAGCGGCACUCUGUUGAAAACUUUUGCUGGUACCGACAGCAGUGUGAUCUCUUUACAGUUUUCACAUUUGCUCAGAUCUCCUUUCUUUGGUAUGUUGAUGAGAUGUCCGUCUUUCCAGUCUAUCUGUGGCACUUGUUCUUCCUCUCAAAUGUUCCUGAAUAGAACGUGGAGCAUGUUUGCAGUUGUUUCUAUAUUGUCAGGUCGUGCUGCUUUCCCAUUCUUGAUUUAUCUGGUGACCAGCCAUGCUGGUUUAUUCGAUCGUUGAUGGAGUGAUAUCUAUAGGAAAGUCUGUGUGUGCUGCUUCGAUGUCCGAUGGGUCUAAACUAUUCAAGAGUUCCUCAAAGUAUUCUACCCAUCUGUCUUUCUGUCCUCGAAUCUCGGUGAUUGUCUUGCCUUCUCUGUCCUUGACCGGUCUCUCUGGUUUACGGUAUUUCCCUGUUAGUUUCGUCGUGUCCUAUAGCUGUCUCAUAUUUCCUUCCCAUGCAGCUUUUUCCACUGUCAUUGCUAAGUCUUCCUCUCUUAUUUCCGCUUGUCGUCUCUAAUGCUCUUCUCCACUUGCUUGUUUGUUUCUGUGUAUUAAGCUUGUUCCUUGACUUUCUCUGUUCUCAUUUGGUUGUUGUUAAUUGCUGUCUUCUUGAUCUUCCUUUCUUGAAUCUUGUCUAGGGUUUCGAUAGAGAUCCAUUCCUUAUGAUGAUGCCUCUUGCAUUCCAGCACCUCCCGACACGUUGAAGUUAAUGCUUUUUUGAUCCAUUUCCAUUUGUCCUCCAUAUUAACUUUUUCUUCUUUAGAUGAUCUUGUAAGUCUUGGAAUCUGUUGUUGAGAGCUAUCUUGAGCGGGUUGAGUUUGUCAGCAUGUCGAAGGAAGGCUGUAUUGAACCUUUGUAGUGCUGUUUGUCCAGCUGUCGAAUCCUUCUUUAGCUUCAGUUUCAUCUUGACCACAACUAGGUGGUGAUAUGUCAGCUCCUCUCUUUGUUUUCACGUCUUCCAUUGUCCUGAAUUUUUUACUGAUUCAAAUAUGAUCUAUCUGGUUCUCAGUGGUGUAAUCCGAUGAGACCCAUGUAGCUUUGUGUGGGAAUAUUGUGCCGCCUAUAACUAAUUUGUUGAAUGCACAUAGGUUUACAAAUCUCUACCCAUCCUCGUUUCUCUCUUCCAGUCCAUGUUGUCCCAUUAUAUCUUCAUAUCCGGUGUUGUAUAUCCCCACCUCGGCGUUUUAUUCUCCCAUCAGGAUGGUGAGAUCCUUUCUUUGGCACUUCGCUUUGAUUGAUUGCAGCCUCUCAUAGAACUGAUCUUUAUUGCCGUCGUUGCUAUCAUUGGUGGGUG